AUGGUCAAGGUAUACUUGCAGGAGGAUGCGUACAUUGCGAGCGGCAGCUCAGCAAGAAUUUUCGGAGAAAUAUUAAAUGAAAGGAUAGAAAAUAGUAUAAAAAUGACAAGAGAUACUUUUUACAAAGCAAUUCCUAUAAUAAUCCACCAGUACAAAGAAACUCUUCAAGAGUAUGCAGAAAUCAAUGGAAAGGAAGUCAAAAUGCGAGAAGGAUCGCCGGGAAACUGGGCAGACUAUUCAGAGUUUUUGGUUGGUGAUAAGGACAUAGCAAGAAUAGGAAGUGUAAUAUUAAAAAAAGCGCAGCAAUUGGAGAUAGAAAUAGCAUCGGUAUCAACUAUAGAUAAAGAAGCCCGUAUAUAUAGCUUUGGAGAUAAUGAGUUGUUUACUAAUCUAGCACAGCUUAUACAUGCAGAAAAUAUUCAAGAAGUAAUAUAUACUGAUGAGUGUUUAGUCAAAGUGUUUACUGCCUUAGGGAUAAUCCACUAUAAAAUACAGAAGAAGAGUACAAGUACGCUAGAAUUACUUGAACAGCAUCUUACUAUAAGCACACAGGGGUACAGCAUAAAGAGCAGUGAAAUGGGAAGUGUACUAAGAAUGGAUGACAAAGCAGCAGAUUCUUUAUUAUCGGGGGACAUCCGAAUUGAAAAUGAGAUCAAUUGUUCGACACCGCAGGGCAAAAGACUUUUACAAUUAUUUAUAAGGGCGCCCUCUACAGACAAGGCAGAGAUUAUAAAGAAACAGCAAAUUGUCACAGAGUUACUAGAGAAAAAUUCAGAACUGAAAAAAGCUGUUAAAUCGACGCCAGACACAUUCACUAUAUGCAAAAGGUCUGGAGUGCUUACACUACAGAAUAUUAUAAAAAUACACAAGUUUUUAUGCUCUAUCCAGCAGAUAGAGCAAUGCAUAUUAGAAGUUAAAAGUCUUUCACAUGAAAAAGCACUAAUAAAAGACUCUUUAGACUAUACACAGGACUUAAUUAGUGAGAUAGAAGAGGCAGUAUGCAUGAAAACCAAGGAAAUCAAAGAAAAUUGCACUGAACAACUAGUAGUCCUAAAUAGAGUUAGAAAAGAGCAGGAACAAGAAAUAUAUACUAAAUAUACUGAAGUAGUGACCAAAAAAGGUCUUUUAAUAUCUAAAUGUAAGCUUGAAAAAACACCAAUGCAUGGGUAUUGUGUUAAAAUGCCAAGAGUAGAAGAAGGCAGGCUGACCACAGAGAUAAAGCUGACUACACAGAAAUCCGGAGUAUUGUUUACAACAGAUGCCAUAAAACUAAUGAACUAUAAGAUUUCUGACACAGAGUGCCAAAUAAAAGCAGAGCAUGAGUCAAUACUAAAAACAUUAACUGAGUCAUUCUCUAUCUGCAAAGGAUGGAUAGAGGUACUAAAUCACACAGUCGCAUUCUUAGAUGUAUUCACAAGUUUGGCAGAAUAUGCUGCUAAUAAUAAUUUAGUAUGUCCUGAAUUUUCAGAUGGGGUUUAUCAAGUGCAUCAGAUGUAUCAUCCAUUGCUUCCAUCGCUGUACAGAAAAAGGCUUAUUCGAACAAAUGGGAUAGAAGAGCCCAUUAAAAAUGAUCUUGAGAUAGCAGAAGAUAAAAGAGUGUGUGUAAUAACCGGCCCAAAUAUGGGAGGGAAAACAACAUUCUUAAAGACGGUUGGAGUUAUUUCUAUAUUAGCACAGAUAGGCUCGUAUGUUCCAGCCGUGUAUGCGCAUAUUCCCAUAUUUCACCAAUUGUUUAUUCGAAUUGGGGCAUCAGAUAAUCCAGAUAAAGGCAUAAGUACAUUUAUGGCAGAAAUGAUGGAUGUAUCUACCAUUUUAAACCAAGCAACAGAAAAAUCCUUAGUUAUUAUUGAUGAGCUAGGAAGAGGAACAAGCGACGAAGAUGGAUAUGCAAUUGCGGCAUCAACAGUAGAAUAUAUUAGCAGACUAAAAGCAAUGACAUUGUUUGCAACACAUUUUCAUGAACUGGCGCAUAUGCCAGGAAUAAUAAACAAAAGAGUAGGAAGUGUUGAAGAAGAAAACGGACUUAUAAUGACGUAUAAAAUAGAAGAUGGGUUUGCAAAGAGCUCACACGGAAUAAACACCGCUAGAAGAAUGGGAUUCCCCGAUGAAGUAUUGUUAAUGGCAGAGAAGGCAUUAAAAAGCCAAGAAGAAUAAAUAUUACUAAUAAAACAAUAAAAGCAAGU